GCGGAGUGGGCCAGCCCAGCAGGCGCUGGACGGAGGGGAUCCACGCCUUCCUCAUCCCAUCACCGCUGUGUCCUCAGUCACCCCAGACCGACAACAAACCGCUAACUGACAAGAAUUUGCCAUGGCGACAAUCUUUCGCUUUACACUGGCUGCUCUGUUUUUUGUAUGGCUUCAUUUCCUGGCUUUAGCACUUGCUACUCAGGAUGACCUUGUUAUCAGCACCCAGCAUGGGAAAGUUCUGGGGAAGCUGGUGAAUGGGGACGUUAGAACAUUUCUUGGAGUUCCUUAUGGGAAGCCGCCUAUUGGAAAACUGAGAUUCAAAGCUCCCCAACCAGUGGAAAGAUGGGACGGUGUGAAGGAUUGCACCAAAUUCUCAAGUUCCUGCUAUCAGCUGCCUGAUAAGAAGUUUCCAGGAUUCAAGGGUUCGGAGAUGUGGAAUCCAAACACACCUCUGAGUGAAGACUGCUUGUACCUAAAUGUCUGGUCCCCACGCGUCAACAAGACUCAGUCUCAGCCUUCACCGCUGGCUCCUGUUCUUGUGUGGAUAUAUGGAGGUGGAUUUUUUUCAGGAACAGCAUCCCUGGACAUUUAUGAUGGCCACUUCCUCAGUAAAGCCGAAGGUGUUGUAGUGGUGUCAAUGAAUUACAGAGUGGGAGCUCUUGGUUUCCUAUCUUUGCCUGACAACAACAACAUCAAUGGCAAUGCAGGCCUGCUGGACCAGCGCUUGGCCCUUGAAUGGGUGUCCAACAAUAUUGCUGCUUUUGGAGGCGAUCCUUCAAAGGUGACUCUGUUUGGGGAGAGUGCUGGGUCGGGAUCUGUGGGCUACCACCUACUCUCUCCUGGCAGCCAGCAUCUUUUCCAAAGGGCUGUGAUGCAAAGCGGCUCACCUAAUGCACCCUGGGCCAGUAUCAGCCAGGCUGUGGCCUGGGACAGGUCCUUGAAACUGGCAUCUUUGCUGGGCUGCCAAACAUCUCAUCCGGCAAAGCUUGAAAUUUGUCUUCAGCAGGCUGACGCUCACUCUAUCAUAAACAAGCAACACGACGUCGUCGCCAAGCCUUCACUCUUCACCCCACCCUUUCCCCCACAUGCCGAUGGAGAGUUCCUACCAGAUGAAGUUGAAGUGUUACUAAACAGUGGUAAAGUCCCAAAGAAAGAACUGAUGCUCGGCGUAACCCAGGACGAAGGGACCUUUUUCCUUGUUUACGGGGUGCCUGGUUUUGACAUCGUCAGCGAGAGUCUCAUCACCAGGAAUCAGUUCCUGAAAGGCCUGCAUCUCACGCUGCCCAGCACAAGUGAAGUCAUUAGAGAAGCGGCCGUUUUCCAGUAUACUGACUGGACAGAUGUGACGGACAGGGUGAAGAACCGUGACGCAAUGGGCAGCCUGGUUGCAGACCAUAUGUUUAAGUGUCCAGUGGUAGACUUUGCUCACAGAUACUCCCAGAACGGUGGUAAAACUUUCCUAUAUUUAUUUGACCAUCGCUCUUCUGUAAAUCCUUGGCCGGCCUGGAUGGGUGUUAUGCAUGGCGAUGAGAUUGAAUUUGUCUUCGGUUUGCCUCUGAAUGCAUCUCUGGGCUAUACGAAGAAUGAAGUCAACAUGACCAGGAGGUUCAUGAAACACUGGGCCAACUUUGCUCGGACAGGGAAUCCGGGAACUGAUGGCGCUCAGUGGCCCGCUUUCACCCAGGAAUACCAGGAGUAUGUCACUCUGAACCACCAUCUGCCACAACUGAAGAAGAUGAUGAGAGCUAAAGAGUGUCACCUGUGGAAUCAUUUCAUACCACAAAUGCAGAAUGUCUCAGAUCAGCUGCUGUCCUGUAUGAACGCAAGUGGGAUUAUACUCCACUGCAAUUAUAUAAUUCUCCUCAUCUUACUGACUAUGACCUUCAUCUGUUGAUAUCCUCAACACAUCUUUCUGUGCAGGAGUUCAUGUCCUGUAAAGAGUGCAGCUUCGACAGAACAAAGAAGUAGCAGAAGUUGGCGGUUAUUGUGUAAGAAUAACCUGUGUGUAAGAAAUGUAUUUAAGCAAUAUUGCAUUAUACAAUGUGCAUUAAUCUUGUGAUAAAUCUGAAUUUAAGUCAUGAUAUCAGCUGUUAUUUUGAACUGCAGCUGACACUUUACACUGGUGUCUCCUCUAUGCGACUCUCCCAGUAGACAAAUAUAAAUAGUGACUAUAUUUAUCACUGGUAUUUUAUUUCAGUUCGCUUGUCACUUACAGUACAUGCAUACUCACUUAAUUGGUGCACCUUUUUUGGAAAAAAAAAAAAAAAAAAGAAACUUGUGAAUUCAGUAUUUGGCUGCUGACCUCAAAUGGUCACAUUAAACCUAAAAAAUGUAUUUAAAAAAGAUAAAUAGAAAAACUUUCUUGGUGAAAACUUUCCAUCGGUGAUAGUGGUGAAAAAAACUCUUAAUUUUAGUUUCUUCUUUGCAAUUUCUUUAAUUUCUUCAAAAACGAAAACCAGGGACGGUUUGAUCUGUGACUAAAAGAAUAAAUGAGCACAAAACCUGUGAAAAGUUAUUUUUCAAUAAGUUGCUACAUUGUUUCCGAUUUGACUAAUAGACACAGCCUUAAAAAUCACUUAUUGGUUCUUCACUGUUUUUUUAUUGCUGUGGCUGGAUUGGUAGAGUGGUAGUCUCUCAAUUGGAAGGUUGCAGGUUUGAUUUCCCAUCUCCCCGUGUCCAUGUGAGCAAGGCAUUGAACCCUGAUUUGCUCACAGCUGGAUGGAGUGAGUUUCUUGCAUGGCCAUUGGUGUGUCUCUAUGGGUGGAUAACAUUGUGGACAGCUUAAGCACAGGGAAUGAGCUUUAUAAGUGAGCUCCAUUUACCUUUUAUUACAUUUGAAAAAAAAAAUUUUUGAUUGAUUUCUUAAAAGAAAAAACACAUUUUGAAUGAAAUAUUGAUACUUAAGGAUAUAUUUUGAAUUUAUGGUUUCUUUUUUUAUGUAACAUGACAUGCUGGAGAAUCGUAUCUUGAAACAGCAGUAAUACAAUUAGAUUAACGUCAGAAGAUAAAUCUGAUUACAGCUGAGAGUUGUCAUCAACAUUAAUCAUCAGCACUUUUCCUCAAACAAGUCGUUUUUAAACUUUUACCUGCCGACUGAUUUGUUCUUCAGGAGGAGAAAAAGCUGCGUUUUUGCCAGCGCUGUCACUCACACGGCAUUGACGGAAGACAAGUCAUUUUGUGGCGUCUGCCCCAAACAGCCUCCAACCUGCCUUUACGACUUGCAAAAUGACAUUUUAUUCUUGCCGCAUUUUAGAAUAUUGUGGCAUUUCUCCUUCCCUUUGUCACCGAAUACAGACGUUAAUAAAUGGUGUCGCCAGACAAAGGUCAGACUGUUGCUGCAAAAAGCUAAUGAGAUGUUUCAGGGAAAUAACCUGCUUUGAUUGGAUGAUCCCAUGUGCUAUUGAACAUCUGCUGAAACAAGAGUAAUUAUUGUUCGAGUAUCUGAUACAAUGUGAUACAAAAUGAAUGGUAAUUUCCAUGGUUCUGAUAACUUUUCUUUUGACUUUUAUGACAUCUUUUGUCAUCACUGACAUUUCUUUUUAAAUGCGUGAACUGAACUUGUUAAUUGCUGAUUUAUUCUUGUCACUCAUCCAGCAGAAAGUCACACAAAUAAAGAAGUGAUGAAAUAUUUAAAUGAAAGCUUGAACUCACCUCUACAGCUUUCCUUUUUAAUUGAUUUUCUUAUAUUUAUAUUUUUUGUUAUCUCAUCCCUCUCUGAUUGUUUUUGAUUUAAUCAAUCCCUGCUAUAUUUGCAAUCUUUGGUGAUUAACACCAGCUCAUUAGCUUCUUUAUUUGAAUUCUUUAAGAUAGUUUUCUUAAAUUCUCAUUUAUUUUAUUAAACACUGAGAAUUGUUCAUAGUAUAACUUUUAAAUGUUUUUCCUUUUUUUAAUUCUCGUAUUUUUUUAAUUUUCUUGCAUAUUUUUUCAUCUUUCUGUCAAUCACUUUAAGCAUCUUCAAUUAACACAAAUGCAAAAAUGCUAAUCAAACAAAAUAUGAUAUAUUUAAACAUAGUUUCCCAUUUAGCUUUUAGAAACACUGAGAUGAUUCCUGACCAGUGUUUUGAGUGUGUACUUUAAGCCCAUCGUGGACUUUAUUAAAGGAAACAAUCGGUAAAAUGCA